AUGCCCCGUCUCCCUACCUCCAUUAUACUCCGCGCUCGCGCGCUACAUCCACUCCUUCCUCUUCUCCUGCGCCCAUGUCGCGAUCUCUCCUCCGCGCGCAAUGAGCUGCGCUGGUUGCGCGAACAUGCCAUAGCUAAUCGAGAGGUCACUCUGACAAGUUCUGGCAGCAUUAAGACAUCAUGGCCGCAGCAUCUGUACCAGAUGUGUCGCUCACGGGCGAGAGGGAAGCCACUGCAAUAUAUCCUCGGAUCCCAGCCAUUCGGGGAGCUGGAGAUACUGUGUAGGAGGGGUGUUUUGAUACCGAGACCAGAAACAGAAAACAUAACCACCCACCUCGCCUCCCUCCUCCUCUCGCCCCCCUCUCGCCCCCAACAUCCCCUCCGCAUCCUCGAUCUCUGCACGGGCACAGGCUGCAUACCGCUCCUCCUGCACUCUCUCCUCGCCCCACGCACCCCAUCUCUCCACCUCCAUGGAGUCGACAUCUCCCCCGCAGCUCUAACUCUCGCAGCCAAGAACCUCUCCCACAACAUCACCAAGAGCCAGCUCCGAGCAAACGCCAGGGAGCAAAUCUCCUUUACCCACGGCGAUAUAUUCGCCGCGGGGGCAAAACCAUGGUGUGAAUCUAAAUGGGACAUCCUAAUCUCGAACCCACCCUACAUCUCUCCCUCCUCCUUCAAUGCCACCACAUCCCGCUCCGUGCGCAACUACGAGCCCAAAAGCGCGCUUGUGCCGUCGUCCGCUGAUCCCAUCGCUGGCAACCCGGAAUCCUACGCAGAUACCGGCGAUAGGUUCUACCCGCGCCUGCUGGAUCUCGCAGAGCGAGUCUCCGCGCGGGUGCUGCUGGUUGAGGUGGCGGAUAUGGAGCAAGCUGUGAGGGUGGGGGAAAUGGUGGUGGAGAAGGGAAGAGGGGUUUGGGAUGGGUGUGAGAUUUGGAGGGAUUGGCCCGCUGCAGGUGCGGAGGAAGGAGGGGAGGUGGUGGAGGUCAAGGGAGGGGAUGUCAGGGUGAGAGGUGAGGGCAAUGGGAGAGCAGUGCUGGCUUGGAAGGGAGAAGAUGGAGGAAGGAUGGUAGGGAAGAAAAAGGCCUCUGCUUCCGGGUAG